AUGAGGCUGCACCUUAUUCAUAAAGAUCAAUCUCAUCAUGCAUUUACAUUUUCUAUUAAAAAAUUUAAAGAAAAACGAUGCCAGUGAAUUCUUGGAAAUAGUCAAAACUAUAAAAUUCAUCACGCAUUGCAUAAUUUUACUUCCUCUUCUGUUCAAUUAAUAAUCUUUUGCUGAAGCACAGAGAAAAAGUUUAGAUGUAUUGAAUAUCCUUUUAAAAUUCUUAGAGACAUUAGCAACCCUAUCUAA